UCCGGUAAUGUUCCAUAGGAUACACACGCCCCUCUCCGCCCCUGCCACGAGACAGGUGGUUGGACUGUACGCCUUCAUCCUCGAGCUCUCCCCGUUAGAAUAAGAAAAAAAAAUCUUUGACAGCAGGGAAGGGUCGGUUGGCGCGAGCGCGUCCCCGAUGGACUUCCAGCGUGUGACCUCCGCGAUCACCGGGCGGACAGCGGGAGAGGGGGGCGACUACCGGAACGCACGAGGAGAGCCCCACCGAUCUACCACCAAAUGUUUCCACGCAAAUUGCUCGAGCUGCUGUUCACGGGAGGAGGUUUACCGACAGAGCAAUGAGAUCCGUGAAUAGAAAGUUGACACGAUUUUGAUGGGAAUUUUCAUCUGAGAGGCGGCGGGUUCAUUUCUGACUAUCCUCCGGUCCGGGAAGUUCCCUUGGGGGUGUUUCGUUAUGGCUUCAGGCGCCGGUAAGGCUCCACAGCCCCCCGGGCCGGGCUCCACCGUUAACGGGACUGCGGCAGAGUUCCCGAACAUCGAGCAGGAGCUGUACGACUGCCAGAUGCACAACAAAAUGUGUAAGAAGAUCGCUCAGCUCACCAAGGUGAUUUAUUCUCUGAACAUGAGGAAUGAGGAGCAAGAGGCCACUCUGCAGGCCUUGAACUAUGCCCACCAUGAGGAGCUGCACCGAGUCCUGAUGGAGUCGUGCCAUGAAGGGGAGGGGUCAGCGCUCCGAAUUCGCCUUCUUGAGCUGCAGGAGUCACUAGAUGAACAGCAGAGAGCCGGAGCCCAGGUACAGGCAGACUUUGAGUGUUUUCGCAUCCAGGCAGAGGAGAAGGAGCGUGAAACCGAGGCAGAGUUGAGAAAAGAGUUUGAGGACAAGCUCCAGGCUGCGGAGGAAGAGCUCCAGGAGGCCAAGGCCCAGACCAGUACAGCCCAGGAGGAGAGCCUGAGGUUGGGCAAAGAACUGGAGAAGGCUCAGGAGCAGAUCCAGGAGCUGGAUGCUAAAUGUGAGGAGCUACGGAAUGCAGCAGAUGAGGAUGACAGAAAGAGGAAAGAGGAGCAAAGGCAGCGAGAAGAUGAGGAGAAAAGGAAAGAGGAGGAAGAGAGACAAACAGAGGAACGUGAGGACUCAGAGAGAGUAAAAGCUCUAUUAGAGGAGGUGAAGGCACUGAAGGAGGAGCGGGAUUGCGCAGAGGAUGAGAAGAGGCGAGCGGUGAAAGGGGAAAGGGACGCAUGGGAGCAAAAGAUGAAUGAUCUAAACGAGGAGAAAGAGGAGAUGAGGAAGAAGAUGGAAGCAGAUUGGAGGGAGGAGCGGCGACGGUGGGAAGAGAGAGAGGAAGAGGAGAAGAAAGGAAUGCACAGCGCUUUGCGAGAAAGAGUGAAGAGGGCGGAGGCAGAAGUGGAGAGCCACCUGGAGAAGCUGGAUGAAAGCAAGAGAAGCAUGGUCAAACUGCAGGAGCGAAUCCAGGACCUGGAGGAGGAGCUAGAACUGGAUCGGAGGCGUGUGUCCGAGGCCGAGGGUGUGGCUAAACGGGCAGAGGAGGAGCUAGCGGUCGCCAAGGAGAGGCUGCUGCUGCAGGAAGAUGAGCUGCAGAGCAGAGCAGAGGAACUCCUGAAUCGCGGAGGCUGUGAGGUGUGUGUGUGCACUGAGGUGGACGAACUAAGAAGCCAGGUGAGCCGACUGCAAAGCAGGAACAGGGAGCUGGAGCUACAGAGCAGCGGGAGAAACAGUGACCACGCCCGGCAGAUUCGCCAGCAUGCUGAGGCCUUGUCAAGUUUACGUUCUGAGAUGGUGAGAGCCCAGACAGAGGAGCUGCGUCGCAUCCAAAAACAUGCAGAUGAUGACAGGGAUAAACUGCAGAAGGACAUAGAAAAAGAGAGACAAAACCUGCUAAAGGAGAGAGAGCAAGAAAAGGAUCUGUUUGAGAAGGAAAAAGACAGACUGCGCAAGGAGAAAGAACAGGAAAGAGAUGACCUGCACAAAGAAAUAGAAGAUGUCAAAGAGCGUCUGAAGAGGGAAAAGGAGGAGGAGUUGGACCGGCAACGCAAAGAGUUAGAAGUGGAGAGGGUUCGCGUUCGGUCGCAGUUGGACAAGAAUAUAGAGCAGGUUGAGGCAGAGAGAGCCAAUGUGCAACAGAAGCUGGAGGAGGAGAAGAAGAGACUGGCGGAGAAGGCUGAGGAGGACAGGAAGAGGCUGAAGGAGCAGGUACGGAAGGCGAUAGAGGAGGUGAUGAGGAGACACGCAGCUGAACUACACAGCGUCCAAGAAGCUCUGAGUUCUGAGAAGAAGACCAACCAAGAGGUAUGUGCACGUUUGGAGGAGGAGAGGAGAACUCAUGAGGAGCUGUACAGUGGGCUGGAGAAGGAAAGGGAGGAGCUUAGGACAAAACUCAAAGACACAACCAGUGAGAUAUGUCGUCUGGAGUCAGUUAUCCAACAGCAAGAAAAGAAGGAAAGGACAGCCCCUGAUGCACUUCCGACAUGUGGACCCCGGUGCUCCCACUUGGAGGAGGAACUCCGCCAGACCCGGACCCGACAGGCUCGAGUCCAGGAGGAGGCAGACCGGCAGCGGGACAGACAGCAGAGAGAGAUAGCAUCCCUGAGAGCAGACAAACACCGACUGGAGGAGAAAGUGCUUGAGCAAAGUCGAUUGAAUACAGAGAGGAGCCUUUUAGAGCAGAGCCAGCGGCACAUGGAGGACCGGAUCAGGGCAGAAUGUGAGGAUCGUCUCAGAGCAGAGUUCAGGAUAGAGAUGAAUGCUGCUGUUGCUGAGAGUGAACAAAGAUGGCAAAACCAAGAGAAGGAGCUGCAGACCCAGAUUGAGGAGCUACAGGCUGAACUCAAAGACCUGCAGUCACAGAUGGAGCAAAAGAAGGCGGGUGCGGGAGAUGAUUGCCAUGGCAACCCUGAGAUUGACAGACUAAGAAAGGAGGUCCAAGACACGAAGGAGAUAAACAAGAAACUGAGGGAGAUGCUGCAGGAACCCCAAACCCAGCCUUUAGCUGAGGAGAGACACAAUCACGCCAUGGCACUGCAGGCGUUAGAGAGAAAGGCAAAAGAAGAUCUGCUGUCUGAGAGGAACAGACUACAGACACUGCACCACCUGGAGCUAGAUAAGCAGCGGGCAGAGUUGACCCAGCAGCAUACAGAGUGGAGCCGUCAGAUGACCCAGAGACACAUGCAGCAGAUAGAAGACCUACAGGCUCAGCUACAGGCACACACACAGAUGAUGGCACUGCAACAGGACCUGAAGCAGCAGAACCAGCAUCAGGUGUUUGAACGACAGCUGGAUGAGAGCCGCUGUGCUGUGCUGGAGCUGCAGAGAGAAAACGCCAUGUUGAAGAAACAACUAAAGGAAAGGACAAAACAGGAGAAACCUGAAGUUGAAGAAAAAGAAGAUGAAAGCGCUGAGAUACGGAAAAAGAGAGACGCUCAGCUCGAAGAAGAAGCACAACGUCUGAAGGAGGAGGUGGAGAAGCUGAGGGUGGAGAUGGAGAAACUGGAAGAGUCGCAGAAACACUGGGAGGAGAAGAAGGACGAGGAUGUAAAGGAAGAGGAGGUAGAGGACGACGAGAAGAGGAAGGAGCGGGAGGAGGAGAAAAGAAGAGAGGAGGUGGAGGAGAUCAGACGGGAGCACAAGAAGGAGAUGCAGAGCUUGGUGUCUGAAUACAGCAGCGCCCAGACCCACCUGCAGGCUCGGAUCGUGGCCUUAGAGAACGAGCUGCGAGAGCGGGAGGAGAGGUGCAGGGGGAGGCAGUCGCGAUGUGAGGAUUUGCAGCUGGGAAGACUGCAAGAGAGACUGUCGGAGAGAGACCAGCUCAUUAAGCGAUUAGUGGAAGAGAGGCAUCAGCUGCAGCUCCACCCUCCUGUUGCCGGGGACAACAACACCCUCAGGCCCCGUGACAGCAAGUCCCGCCCUGGAAGCGUCACGCCAACCAUGAGGAAGAAACACGCGGAGUCGCCUUCUCGUGUCACCAGCAUUUCCAGCGCCGGUAGUUACGACAGGAGCAUCUUCCUACCGCACUCUUCUUCUUCGUCUUCCGCCUCCUCCUCCUCUGUCCAACACUCCUCCUCCACCCUCCCCCACCAGUCUUCCUCCCACCCUCAGACAUCCCCUCACUACUCCACUUCCUCUCUUCCACACAAACACACCUCCCUGUCCCUGGGCCAACAUUCCUCCCCGUCCCUCCCUCGCUCUACCAGAUCCCGGACCUCCUGCAUCCCUCCCACCCCGGCGCCUACAGCCCCCCUCCCCGUCUGCCCCUCGCCACAGACGGGCAUCCGCUACGUAUCCCCCUCCUGCCAUGAACCACAUGCACACCUGCAGGGCCAGUCAAUCAGGGGCCCGUAUCUGGAGCAGAGGGGAACAGAGGGGCUGAAACAGGAGUGGUUCACCAAAUACUUCUCCUUCUGAGCACAAAGUCCACACAAACACACACACAAACACACACACAAACACACAGCAGCAACGACAUCUAUUCAUAUACAGUUCAUUGCUUCUUCUUAACAUCCGUUUGCUUCCCACAUACACACCAACAAACAUCUAAACCGCCCACACAGACACAAAUCCAACCUAACAUUAACAGACAUAUGGGCUCAUCACCAGCAAGGCCAUCUCAAACAUUGCCUCAAAGCUCAACCAAAAAGUGCUUCUCGAACACAUGCCUGACCUCUUCUCAGAACAUAAGGCCUGCCGGAUCUUGUUUGUAUAGUUUGGAAUGUCUCCAUGUUUUUUUUUUUUUUUUUAAAGCGGUCUUCCUUUUUUAAAUGUAAUUUUUAUCUCAAUCUCAUCACGCGAUUCCAGGCUUCUUAACUCUUCUUAAAUCAACAACCAAGUGUCUCUUCAAAUAUGGAAGCAUUCGACAUAUUCAAUCAAGAUCCUUGUCAAAACGGACACACGCAACUCACCAUACCAAAAUGAAGCUUGUUUCAAUGCAAAAAUGUAUAAUAAUCUUAAUGGACAAAUUGAAUAAAAUAUUUUGUUUUUGUAA